UAAUCGUUUCAUCGCAGCCGCAGACGGAUGACAACUUUAAAUUCUUGCUAAACAUAAUUCUUCAGAGAUAUUACGUACUACUACGACCGCCCAGAGAUCAAAGGUCAUCAUCCAAGCGUGUUCUGUCUCAUCACCCUUCAAUGAGUGGUGAAAUCGCAAUCAGAACAUCGUUGUGAAGCUAACUGGAAGAACGUGUAACUGUCUGGUUCAACGUUACUCAACAAAAACAAACGAUUCAUACCUUGAAAUGAAGGCCCUCAGGAAUUUACGCCUGCUCACACAGCUAACAAGUAUCCGUCACGCCAGCAGUGGAGCCAACAGACCCUUGAAGGUCCUGACAAAACACUAUGACGAAAUUUCAAUACCCGUACCGUGGGGUCAUAUUGCGGGUAAAUGGUAUGGGCCAAAGCAUGUACGGCCUCUUGUGGGAAUGCAUGGAUGGCAGGACAAUGCCGGAACAUUUGAUACCCUCGCACCGAUGCUUCCCAACCAUAUCUCCUUUCUGAGCAUUGAUAUGCCUGGCCACGGGUUGUCGUCGUGGCUACCACCUGGCAUAUCCUACCAUUCCAUUGACUACGUCCUCGUCACUCGUCGACUCAUGGAGGAAUACAACUGGGAUAAGAUCUCCAUAAUGGCGCACUCGAUGAGUUCCAUAAAUGGCUUUGUGUUCUGCGCUCUGUUUCCCGACAAAGUGGAUAUGUUUAUUGGACUGGACGUAUUGAAACCGCCCGUUCGGAGCGCCCGUCACAUUGUAGAUGCGUUGAGCGAACGUCUGGAGGCUACAUUGAAGCUUGAGCGACGCCUACGCAGCGGUUCCGAGCCGCCUUGCUAUGCCUGGGAUGAACUGGAGACGCGACUGCACGAGGGAUCUAACAAAUCCGUUUCAAUGGAAUCCUGCAAGUACCUACUGCAACGAAAUUGCAAACCAUCUACACACGAGCCACACAAGUAUUACUUCUCCCGCGACAAUCGACUGAAGACCUCGCUCUUCUACACCCUUCACAACGAAGUGCCACUGGAGAUGGCGAGUCGCAUCAAAUGCCCGCAUUUAUUCAUUAAAGCGUUGCAGGCACCGUACUACGAACGAAAGGAGUACUACGAUGCUACCUUGGUGGAGCUGCGGAAGAAUCCACUCUUCGAAUACAACGAACUCGACGGCUCACAUCACGUUCAUCUCAACGAGCCAGAGAAAGUGGCGCCAAUCAUCAAUUCGUUUAUCAACAAGUACCGUCCCUUAUGAAAUCCCAUGGACAUGGAUAUCUAAGCAUCUGGGAUGCCUGUACAUAUUCUCGGUUGUAGAUGUAGACCUGCAGACUAGAGCGAACUUUGAUAUUGAUUUAAGGAUAUUUGUGACGCGCAUCAGGCUUAGUUAUAGAAUCCCCCAUUGUAGAACAUUUGGUUGCUUCUAUUUAAUUUAUUAUGUACAAUCGAUACCGGCAAUAACAUUAAAGUUAAAGACUAAAUUACAA